AGGACUCUUAUUUAGCAUUUAUAAGCCUCCCAUUACAUUUAAUAAACACAUUAUAAUGUAACAUAAGGAGGACAUAAGUCCUUAUUAAUAUGCAAUUUUGGUGACUUCUCCAGUUAAGACAUAUUUUACAACUGCGUUAUAUUUUCAUUCAUUAUCUGUUUAUAUACCAGUUAUAGUGGCUGCCAAAUAAAUGAAUAAAGCUUACAGCUGCUAACAACUACAUGUUUUAGACCAUUUAUUUUACAUAAAUGGAGGACUAACUAAAGUGUUAGAGAAAACAUUAAAUCGUUGUCAGUCAUUGUAUUGAAAGAGCUUUAAUAUUACCAGUGUUGUAUUUUGAUAUGAUGAUAUGAUUUUUUAUAUUCAUUUUAAUAAAAACAAACUAAAAAGUCCCUAUAAUAUGCAUCAGUGCUUUUAACGUCCACCAGUGCAAAUAAACUCUUUCCCCCUCCUCUAUAAACAAGAAUAGCUAACAUUUAUGUAACCCAUAAUGCCCUAUUUUGGUUGAAUGCAUCUAUGAUCCCUAGUGCUUUUUUUUGAGUGGGCAAUUUUCUUCCACUUUUUUGUCCCAUAAUGUAGCUCAUGACGCAAAACAGGCCUAAAAUGCCGAAGGCACGUGCCGUAAUUGCGCAACUCAUCUCCAUAAUGCCCUCAAAUGACAGGGUAUUUAAACCUGACCGCGGAGGUGAUGGAGGCACACAUACUGCUGGCUCCGGCCCCACUGUGAAGCCUCCAGCAGAGACAUGAAGACAGAGACGGUGGUGCAGACGGCGCCGUUCAGCGGGAGGAAGCAGAGUCUGAUCGAGGAUGCUCGCAGGGAGCGCAGCAGCGGCUCCGCGAGCUCCCCGGGGCCCUCCAGGUACGGAGACAGCUUUGUGUUUGAGGAGAAGGACGGCAGGGUCACUCUGAAUGUCCUGUUCACUCUCAGCAAUGAGAAAAACGCGGGAUUCUUCAAAACUGGGAAAAUAUUCGAGACAUUUGAAGCAAAACUUCUCCACAUUGAAAGUCGACCGGGGAGGAAGUCAAAGAACAGCACAGCAGAGCUGGAGUUCUUCAUGAAGUGUGAAGUUCACAGCUCUGACCUGGACGUUUUCAUCAACUCACUGAAGAGAGUGGCUGACGAUGUUCGCUCCAUACCAGAGGAAAAAGUUCCCUGGUUUCCCCGACAGAUAAAAGACCUCGACAGAUGCAACAUGUUAAUAACCAAAUAUGAUCCGGACAUGGACCAGGACCAUCCAGGAUACAGCGAUCCAGAAUACAGAAAAAGACGGGUUUUCAUCUCUGAGCUUGCCUUCAGUUACAGACAAGGGGACCCGUUGCCCACCGUGGAGUACACAGCAGAAGAAGUGUCCACAUGGAGGGAGGUUUACCGGCAACUGCGGACUAUUUACCCGAGUCUGGCCUGCAGGCAGUUCCUGGACGGUCUGCAGCAGCUGGAGAAAGAAUGUGGCUAUGGAGAGGACCGCAUCCCUCAGCUCAGAGAGGUUUCUGCCUUCCUGAAAGAGAAAACUGGUUUCCAGUUGCGGCCAGUAGCCGGCCUGCUGUCAGCCAGAGACUUUCUCAACAGUUUGGCCUUCAGGGUGUUUCAGUGCACACAGUACAUCCGUCACUCCUCUGCGCCCAUGCACUCCCCUGAGCCAGACUGCUGUCAUGAACUACUCGGCCAUAUUCCCAUGCUGGCAGAUACAGAAUUUGCCCAGUUUUCACAGGAGAUUGGACUUUCCUCGCUCGGAGCUUCAGAUGAAGACAUUGAGAAACUGUCUACGUUAUAUUGGUUUACUGUGGAGUUUGGCCUCUGUAAGCAAAACGGAACGGUGAAAGCUUACGGCGCAGGACUCCUGUCAUCUUACGGAGAGCUUGUUUACGCUCUGUCUAAUGAGCCGGAGUACAAGCCAUUUAUCCCAGAGGAGACCGCAGUGCAGCCGUACCAGGACCAAACCUACCAGCCUGUUUACUUUGUGUCUGAGAGCUUUGAGGAUGCAAAGAUUAAGUUGAGGAGAUACUCUGCAGCUAUCAAGCGUCCCUUUGCAGUUCGCUACGACCCCUUCACUUGCAGCGUAGAGGCUCUAGAUCAGCCCAGCAAGAUCCAAAACGCUCUAGGUCAGAUGAGAGAAGACCUGAAGACCCUUCACAGCGCCUUGGAGAAGCUCAGCUCAUCUUAAGACCAGGGGCAGAUUUCCUGCAGAGAUAAGAAAGUCACACAGACAGAAAAACGUGCAAGCAAAAGGAUGGACAUCUGGCAUGUGUAAACAUUGUGAACAACACAAAAUUCUACUGUAGUCAGGUUUGCGAGGUUCCACAGGGUCAUUUGUUUGUGUCAAUUAUGUAUUAUGUAAAAACAAAAUAAAUGUUUAUUUUCAUGAUGUCAGUGUUUUAUAUUCCAGAGAGACAGAAAAGAUCUCAGAAGAGGUGCUCCGAAGAGAAGUCCAGUGUUUGCCAGCUGUAGUAAUAAGAGAGAG